AUGGUUAAACAAAAACCAUUAGAAGAAGGAGAAAGAGGUGUAAUAAUAAAUAUAUCAUCAAUCACUUAUCAAUAUGGACAAACAGGAAAUGUUCCAUACUCCGCAUCUAAAGGUGGUGUGGCUUCAAUGACUUUACCUAUGACGAGAGAUUUAUCUAGAUUUGGCAUUAGAGUUGUUACUAUUGCUCCCGGAUUAUUUGAAUCUCUAUCUGCCAUUAUAAAUGAAAGAAUGAAACAAAAAUUGAUAAGUCAAAUUGAGUACCCCGCUAGAUUUGGUAAACCAGAUGGUGAAUUUAAUAAGCUAGUUGUUCAUUUGAUUGAGAAUACUUACAUGAAUGGUGAAAUCGUUAGAAUUAAUGCUGGUACUAGAUUAGGAAAAUUAUAA